CUUUGUCUGACCCCUUUUUGUUUCAAAUUUAGAAAAAGAAAAACUCAAAAACCCAAUCAUCAUCUUUCCCAAUUCGAACAAGAUUCUGCAGUCAAGAAUUCGUGCGCGUGUGUCCAAUCAAAUUCCCAUUUCAAUUCACUCAACAUCAAACCGUUUCACAACUAGGGUUCCUUCUUUCUUGCCCGUUUCCCCUAAAUUUCGCCUCCAAUUAAUCAAAUUGCAUUCAAUCCUGUUCAUCAUAUCAGGGUCCUUCAUCUCUCCAAGAUUCUUGGAGUUUUCAAAUCUUGUUCAAGAUGAGUUCUCGAAGAAGUAUGGUUUUCACAACUUCAUCCAGAAAGAAACCUUCUGAAAAUGGCGCAAGAAGAUCUGUUUCUAGUUCUACUACUCCUCCCAUGGAUUUGACAGGAGAGCGCACUGUGAAGCGAUUGCGUCUCUCAAAAGCGUUAACGGUGCCUGAAUCUACGACGGUUAAUGAAGCCUGUCGUCGAAUGGCUGCUAGGAAAGUUGAUGCUAUUUUGCUCACCAAUUCGAAAACGUUACUAUGUGGCAUAUUGACAGACAAGGAUAUUGCAACGAGAGUUGUUGCGCGUGAGCUUGAUCUUGAGACGACUCCUGUCUCGGCAGUGAUGACGAGGAAUCCUGUUUUUGUGAUUUCGGAUACUCUUGCAGUGGAAGCCUUACAGAAAAUGGUGCAAGGAAAAUUCCGACACUUGCCCGUUGUAGAAAAUGGAGGGGUUGUUUCAAUACUUGAUAUAUCGAAAUGUUUAUACGAUGCGAUUGCGCGUAUGGAGAGAGCUGCCGAAAAGGGGAAAGCCAUUGCAGCUGCUGUUGAAGGUGUUGAAAAGCAUUGGGGAACCUCAACAUCUGGUUCCAACACAUUCAUCGAAUCACUUCGGGAGCGACUGUUCAAGCCUUCUUUAUCAACCAUAAUCUCAGGAAAUCCAAAGCUUGUAACUGUUUCACCAUCAGACACGGUGCUAAUGGCAACAAAAACGAUGCUCGAGUGUCAUACGAGCUCUGCCAUCGUAACAGUUGAUAACAAACCGCGUGGAAUUUUAACCUCGAAGGAUAUCUUGAUGCGAGUUAUAGCGCUAGGUCUUCCUCCUGAAUCAAUCUCGGUGGAAAAGGUGAUGACCCCAAAUCCUGAAUGCGCUAGCGUUGAUACACCGAUCGUUGAGGCCCUGCAUACUAUGAAUAAAGGAAAGUUUUUACAUCUUCCUGUUGUUGAUAAAGAUGGGAUCGUUAUUGCUGUUACUGAUGUACUUCAGAUCAUUCAUGCGGCUGUAGCCUCAGUUGGAAGCACUGCAGGAAUUGAUAACGAUGCUGCGAAUGCUAUGAUGCAAAACUUUUGGGAUUCCGCGAUGGCCGCACCACCUGCGGACGAUGAUAGUGAAACGAGAAGUGAGAGUUCUUUCAAGGUGGCUUCUGACGGGGGAGUGGAUAUUGGAAAAGCUGUAUAUCCGUCACCCUCGUUACCGAAUACGUUUUCUUUCAAGAUUCAAGAUAGAAAGGGUGGGAUGCAUAGAUUUAUGUGUGAAACUCAUAGCUUGACGGAUCUUAUAACUGCCAUACUUCAAAGAGUAGGUGGUGAGAUAGACCGCAACAACCUUCCGCAGAUUCUGUAUGAAGAUGAAGAUAAGGAUAUGGUGAUACUUGCAACAGAUAGUGAUCUUGUUGCAGCUGUAGAACAUGCUAAAUCAGCUGGUUGGAAGGGAUUAAAGUUGCAGCUAGAUUACUCUGGGAUGCCUAGAAGUCGAAAGGGUUCAUUGGGUGGUGGUGGUGGUGGCGGUUUGGGGCAUGUUCAUGCAGAUGCAUGGGCUUCUGCUUACAGUUCGGUUGCAGCCGGAGCUGCGUUGGUUGCUGGUUUAGGUGUAUUAGCUUUCUUGAGAAGAGCUGGCAGUUGAUACCCGUUUUUUUUUUUUUUUUUUUUUUUUCCCUUGAAAAACGUUACACAAGGAUGGCUCGGGUCUUUGUACAUUUGAGGUAAAGACUCCAAAUAUAGAUAAUGUCAUAAAACUUGUGGGCGACACGUGGAAAAACAAGACUCGAGUUCCUCUCCACUUGAGAGUUGGAUAUAGAUAUAUCAGUAUUGUAUGAAGAUUCUAUCAUGCUAACUGAACUCUAAAUCUGCCAUUGUUCACAUGAGAUAAUGUACAACAUGCAACAUAAUAUAUCAAUACUAUGGACAAAAAAACAAUGAUAAUGUA